UACAACCCGGAAGUGUUGCAUUUCUCUGAUAAACGUUUGAAUAGACAAGAUAGACCAAUUUCUCACAACAAGAGACCGUAAAACGAGAUGCUGCUAACAUCAAUAAUCUUAUGAUAUUCAUAUAUCUGUCUUAAUACUCGGCGCUGGAGGCAAAGGCGACCGAAUGUGAGCAGCAACGCCCUGAUGCCAGCCUCCCAGUCGGAGAAAAAUAAGCUCGCUGUGUUUACAACUCGGUGGAGAGAGAGAGGGGCUGUUUCCCCGCAGUGUGUCGUUAGCUAAUCGUGCGGCUGCGAGUGUUUUACAGGCGAAGAAAAAAAACAUGGCUGAACUGCAUGUCGUGGAACCGAACGGUACUGGCACCAUAGAGCAGCCCGAGUCACACCGCGAUGUCCGCGGCACCGUGCGCCUGGCUUCGCCCACUCUCAUGGUUCCUCCGCGGAACAGCCAGCUCAGUCCGGGCGCGGUGUCGAGUGGCGGCAGCGGUGGUGGAGGACGCUCGGUGUUCGGGUUCCCGGUGAAGAACAAUCUCGGCUCGCCGUCCGAUUCGGGAGACAAACCCGGUUCACGCUGGGUCCGACUCAACGUCGGUGGAACCUACUUCAUCACGACCAAACAGACGUUGUGCAGGGACCCGAAAUCCUUCCUGUUCAGACUGUGUCAAGAAGACCCAGACCUGGACUCUGACAAAGAUGAAACUGGAGCCUACCUGAUUGAUAGGGAUCCCACAUACUUUGGCCCCAUCCUGAAUUACCUACGACACGGAAAACUAAUUAUGGAUAAAAAUCUGGCUGAGGAAGGAGUCCUUGAAGAAGCAGAGUUCUACAACAUCGCGUCACUGGUGAGGCUGGUCAAAGAGAGGAUACGGGACAAUGAGAACCGGACAUCUCAGGGCCCUGUGAAGCAUGUGUAUCGUGUACUGCAGUGCCAAGAGGAGGAACUCACACAGAUGGUCUCAACUAUGUCUGACGGUUGGAAGUUCGAGCAGCUUAUAAGCAUCGGCUCCUCCUAUAACUAUGGCAACGAAGACCAAGCAGAGUUUUUAUGUGUAGUUUCCCGGGAACUCAACAACUCCACCAACGGCAUUGUCAUCGAGCCCACUGAGAAGGCUAAGAUCCUCCAGGAGCGAGGCUCGCGGAUGUGAAGAGUGAAUAACAUUUUAUCAACAAAAGAAAAGAAAACAACAGCGUGAACAUAUUCUCCAUGAGUUUACCCCCUCUCCUUUACUUCUGUGCCAUCACUAAAACCUUCUCCAUUAUCAUCCUCCCCUCCUCUGGUGUGCCUUUCCUCAGUGGGGGCUCCAACGCCAGCCCUCUCUACCCAUGCACUAAAACAUGGCCCUGAAUCACCUUUUCAUUUCCUCCCCUCUCUCACAGCAUUAGGAGGAGUUUAAAAGAAGUAACACAAGAGUGGUUGUCCUCAUAGCAGCAUUUUGAUGGUCGGUGUCGCAGCAUUGCAGGCUACAGUGCUGAUUGUAGCCUCGUGUUGUUGUGGAUUGGACGCCCAGCACAGAGCUGCUGUACAUCAUCCUCACCAUCAACAUUUCUAUCAUCCUAACUCACUCUCUCUCACACGUGUGGCUCUGUGGACUGCGCAGAAACCUCCUCAGGACUCUCACUGGACAUAAAGGAAUGAACGAACUGAGCCUCCCUCUCUUUACAGGAAUCUGUUAAUGGAGCGAACAUCAGUGCCCACUGUCUCCAUCUCUGCCCACAGUCUCCUUAGCUGAUGUCUGAGGCAACUCACGGCACAACAAACUGAGCCAGGGGGUCCAGAGGUGGAGGGUAACACCAAGCAGUUGCAGGCAGUAUGACGCAGAGUCCAAUUGCUCUGUUUAAGCCAGUGUGGUGUGGCAUUUCCUCUACUCCUGUGAGUCUUUUCAGAGACGGCUUAAACAAGUGAUCGAUUUUCAACUAACUGAAACCCUGCUUUGUUUUGGCACGGCGGUGGCGCUGCUGGAGAGUCUUGGCACUUGCCUCCUCCUGUUUGCUGUCUUCUGGCUCAAUUUGGUUUGCUCCCACAGGGAGAAAAUUUUGGAUAUUUAAGUGCAAAACAAAACCAAGACUCAACAAGACUAUCUAUGUACAAUUUGUCAAGGCAUGUGAGGAAUCUAUAUAACUCUAUAUAGGCUACAUGAUGAAAUUAUAUGAAAAUUUGAAUGCAAA